UCCGGCGCACAGACGCCAUCGCUCCGCGCCGCGGGAGGAGCGCGCGGGACGGCGCCGGGAUGAGCAGUGACCUGGACGUGUUCGUGGGGAACACGACGCUCAUCGACGAGGAGGUGUACCGGCUGUGGCUGGACGGGCACUCGGUGGCCGAGGCGGGUGGCGCGCCGCCUGCGGGCGGGGUGCUGGAGCGCGAGGGGACCUCGGUGGCCGUGCUGCAGAGCGACACCCGCGACCACUACAGAACCUUCCAGAUGCUGGAGCGGCUGCUGCACGCCCCGCCCCGGCUGCUGCAGCAGCUGCUCUUCCAGAUCCCCCCCGAGCGGCAGGCGCUGCUCGUGCAGCGGUACUACGCCUUCGAUGAGGCCCUGGCCCGGGAGCUGCUGGGCAAGAAACUCUCCAAGGGCACCAAGAAGGAGCUGGACGAGGUCAGCGCCGCACCGGGGGUCGGGAUCCGCAGCUGCCGCCGCCAGUUUGACAACUUCAAGAGGGUCUUCAAGGCCGUGGAGGAGCUGCGGGGGCCCCUGGCCGAGAACAUCCAGCAGCUCUUCCUGCUGCCCCCGCCCCUCGCCCGGGACUACGCCGCCAUCGUGUUCUUCGCCAACAGCCGCUUCGAGACCGGCAAGCGGCGCCUGCAGUUCCUGAGCUUCGCCGACUUCGCCGCCUGCGCCCAGAGCAUGAUGGGCCACUGGAGCCAGGGCGCCCUGGCGCCCGAGGCGGCCGAGCCCGACGGGGACCUGCCCAAGUCCUUCCUGCAGGACCUGAAGGAGCUGAAGGUGCUGGUGGCCGACAAGGACCUGCUGGACCAGCACAAGAGCCUGGUGUGCUCGGCCCUGCGGGGGAAGAUCUCGGUCUACAACGAGCUCGAGGCCAAUUUCAAGGCGCUGUCCCGGGCGCUGGUGAACGUGGGGGGGAAGUUGACCCACGCCCGCGACGUUCGGGAUUUCUUCGUGGACCUGGUGGAGAAGGUGAUCGAGCCCUGCCGCUCCGACAAGUGGAGCCCGGGGGACCUGCGGCUCUUCCUGACGCACUACACAGCGGCCCCCCGAAACCUGCCGGGCUUCAGGCACCAGGCGCUCUGGGAGCGCUACAUGGCCGCCAUCACCGCCUGCCUGCUGCGCAUGUACCACGACUGACCCCGAAACGGCACCCCAAAAACGGGCACGGCCCCAAAAACAGCACCCCAAAAACGGGCACGGCCCCAAAAAUGGACACAGCCCCAAAAAGAACACCCCAAAAGCGGGCACGGCCCCAAAAACAGCACCCCAAAAACAGACACGGCCCCAAAAAUGGGCACGGUCCCAAAAACGACACCCCAAAAACUGGCACAGCCCCAAAAACGGGGCGCCCCGAGGAUGUGAUGCUCCUGGGAAAUGAAAGGAUCCGGGAGCUGCGACGCCGCCCGGAACGCGGACACCCCAAAGAUGGGGCAGCCUCCAAAGGUGGGACCCCAAAAAGGAGGGGGGCUCCCGAAAACCUGACGGGAUGGAGGAUCAACACCCCAAAAUUUGAGUGUUUGGAGUUUGGAGAACCCCCAGGAAGGGGGACUGCAAGCACCAGGACAUCUCAAAUGUAGAGGGUCCAGGAGGGGCACCGCCCCAAAUAUUGGGACAUUUGGAGUGGGGGGGACCCCAGAAAAGGGGUGACCCCCAAAACCGGGACCUCCCAACUUAAGCACAUGGAGACUCCCCAAAAUCAGGGGUGUCUGGCAAUCGGGACUCCCCAAAACGGGGGAGAAUCCCAGAGCUGGGGGCGCCUCUCCCGUGUGACCCCAAAAGUGAGGGGGGUGCAAUAAAGAGGUGGAAACGGA